GAAGGGACACUGAACGUACCGAAGAUAGGUGGAGUCAACUGUCAAUCAACGAUUUGACAAUUUGGUUGCUUAGCUGCAGGAGUGAGGGCUGGACGUGGAAAUGUGGUCACGGGAAUCAAGAAAAAAAUGGAUAUCGUGCUGGCAUGCUAACCCAAAUACUGACGCAAACACUCAUUUUCCCAGGACAUCAUUACCAAGGCCCCAGGUUGCUCAUCUCCUUCCCAUAAUUCUGCCCCAGUGGUCCUUAAUUUCAAUGAGUAGGAGGGCUGUGGAUUCUGGCCCAAGGAAGAAAAGACACCGGCUGGGAUCCAAUCCGUUGUCCUUGGUGAAAGGCAGAACACAGGAUCCGCUUCAGGAAAGUCAUAUUUCUGCUCGUACUGAUGGUUGUAGUUGGAUCUGGGGAUGUGCCAUGGGCUACGACGUUACCCGGUUCCAGGGGGAAGUGGAUGAAGACCUGCUGUGCCCCAUCUGCAGUGGAGUCCUGGAGGAGCCCGUGCAGGCCCCUCACUGCGAGCACGCCUUCUGCAAUGCCUGCAUCACCCAGUGGUUCUCCCAGCAGCAGAUAUGCCCCGUGGACCGCAGCGUGGUGACGCUGGCCCACCUGCGCCCCGUGCCCCGCAUCAUGCGCAACAUGCUGUCCAAGCUGCAGAUCACCUGCGACAACGCUGGCUUCGGUUGCACCGCCGUGCUGCGCCUCGACCAGCUGCAGUCGCACCUCAGGGACUGCCAGCACAACCCCAAGAGGCCCUUCCAGUGCGAGCAGGGCUGCGGACUGGAGAUGCCUAAAGACGAGGUGUCCAGCCACAACUGCAUCAAACACCUGCGCAGCGUGGUGCAGCAACAGCAGGGCAAGGUCACCGACCUGGACAAGACUGCUGCUGAACACAAGCACCAGCUAGCAGAGCAGAAACGGGACAUCCAGCUGUUGAAGGCAUGCAUGAGAGCCAUCCACAGUGCCAACCCAAACCUGCAGAACCUCGAAGAGACCAUUGAGUACAAUGAGAUCCUGGAGUGGGUGAACUCCCUCCAGCCAGUGCGCGUCACCCGCUGGGGCGGCAUGAUCUCGACACCGGACGCUGUCCUCCAGGCGGUCAUCAAGCGCUCACUCAUUGACAGUGGCUGCCCGCCUUCCAUCGUCAACGACCUGAUCGAGAACGCCCACGAGAGGAACUGGCCCGCCGGCCUGGCCACGCUUGAGACGCGGCAGAUGAACCGGCGCUACUAUGAGAAUUACGUGGCCAAGCGUAUCCCCGGGAAACAAGCAGUGGUGGUGAUGGCCUGUGAGAACCAGCAUAUGGGUGAGGACAUGAUCCUGGAGCCAGGCCUGGUCAUGAUCUUCGCCCACGGGGUGGAGGAGAUACUAUGACCCGGCUGAGGGUGGUGGAGAGCAGAGGGGAGACUUCUGACUGACCUGAACUGAGUAGAGGAGGGAGCAGGGGAUGCUGUAACACUACGGUUGCAUCCCAAAUGGUACCCUGUUCCUUAUGGGCCCUGUUCAAAAGUAGUGCACUAUAAAGGGAAUAGGGUGCCUAUAAGAUAGUAAGAGGAGGGGAAGAGCCAAUGACAAAGCAGGGAUUAGGGAGAUAUGACACCAUCACCAGUAGACUGGUAUAGGGCAGGAGGUUGGCAACAGGUGGCCCACGAGCCAAAACCAGCCUUCAAGUGUUUAGUUUUUUUGGCCCCCUAAAGCUUUUAGCAAUUUUGGGGGGGAUUUUAGUUUUUUUGGUCCAAAAAAUACUAAAAUCACCAGGAAUUCAGCUAUAAAUCUGUUGAAUUUAGGAAAUCUGUACAACUAUUCCCACUAAUAAAAAAGAGAGCUGUGAUUGUGUCUCAAUCAGUCGUGGCCAAAAGUUUUGAGAAUGACACAAGUAUUAAUUUCCACAAAGUUUGCUGCUUCAGUGUCUUUAGAUAUUUUUCUCAGAUGUUACUAUGGAAUACUGAAGUAUAAUUACAAGCAUUUCAUAAGUGUCCAAGGCUUUGAUUGACAAUUACAUGAAGUUGAUGCAAAGAGUCAAUAUUUGUAGUGUUGACCCUUCUUUUUCAAGACCUCUGCAAUCUACCCUGGCAUGCUGUCAAUUAACUUCUGGGCCACAUCCUGACUGAUGACAGCCCAUUCUUGCAUAAUCAAUGCUCUCUAUCUAUUUCCAUGGCAUUCUCUCUCCUCCCUGGGCUCAGAAAUUUGGAUUAUUUCCUGUUCAGGAGAAGGAAUGCAUGCUUGGAUUGGUUAAGUGAAUCCUAUUGGAUGUGCUCUGCUGUAUGUGAGCCCCGGUAUGCACAUGGAUGCGGGGGGGUGCUGAACGUAAAUGCAGUGUGUUUUAUCACAUUUUAGGGGGGAAGGACCAAUUUACAUUUUCCAUCAUUACAGUAUCACAUAAUAUGGUAUCACCUUCCCCUUUGUCGACAACAGACCUUGUUCAUCCUCGCGAUGCGGAGCUAAUCAGGAAUGCCCUUGUUCAUCCUCGGGAUGCGGAGCUAAUCAGGAAUGCCCUUGUUCAUCCUCGGGAUGCGGAGCUAAUCAGGAAUGCCCUUGUUCAUCCUCGGGAUGCGGAGCUAAUCAGGAAUGUCACUUCUGGUAGGAGUAGUAGAUGGACAGUGAAGACUUGGAACUUUCUUUUGGUUUGAGUUUCACACCUUGUGUUUUUUGUGAUGUUAUUGUUGUAUAUGAUUUGUCUGAGUUAGUCCUGUGUUUGAAUUGUUUUUCUUAUGAUAUUUAUGUAGUUGGUUUGAAGUGGGUCCAAUUUGUAUGAAAAUAAAGACUCAGGCUACCAAAGCAUUUAUGUACAAAAUAACAUCAGCCAAAAGUCUGUUCUGUUUUAUUUUAUUAUUUAGGUUUUGUAUAUUUUAAUCGUUGUCAAAUAGCAUGUCACUAACACAUCACUGUAUAUCAUGUAUCUUAUCCUAAUAUUGUGUUCAGUCGUACAUGAACUACUUCCCUGUGGCUUUGCUGAUUUGUAAUAUUUUUCCCAGAUGAGGUUAGGUGAUUUGUGACCCUGAAUCCAUCACCACAAUUAGCAAAGCUUUUACUCCUAAGUUUGGACUAUUCUGGUUUAGAUUUUCUGUAUAGUGAUAGCCUUUUGUGGCAUUUUUCCAUUUGAUUGUGUAACUUCUUAGUUUGAGAACAAAACUAUUUGGUUUUACUUCCAUCCACCAAAUAAUGAACAAGUUCACACACUUUACCUCUGCUGAUUCAUUACAUUAGUCUAAAUUCAAUUCCUGGGGUGACUGAAUAAAAAUGGACAAGAACAUGAAUACACUUGUAUUUAACUCGGAGGAAGCGGUUGAAGCUAACUAAUAUCUAGACUGCCCUCUACAAUCCUCUUAGGAUCUACGUUAAAACUGGAACCUAGUCUUAAUCUGCUUCCUCUAUAUGGCUGUCUCUCUUUGCUCUGUCAGUUAGGUGCCUUGAUAUACUUCAUGUAUAGGAUUCAAACUCACUUCCUGAAAGGCUGUGUCGCACCAAGUAUAAAUCUCAAACCAUUUCCUUCAUUGGUUAAGACAGAUAUUGAACUCUUCUUUUGGAUCCCUAAAUCAAAGGCUAGUGAAGUGAUUUGAAGCAAUGGGUUAGUGAGAGAAGAUCACUAAGUAGCUUGUCUAGAGCAGAGGUACAAACACAGCACUCCAAAACUUGUGUUUCAGAUUCUUGCUUUUAUUCUUUAUAGUGUUGUGACUUGCAGCUUCAGUUUGAAUAGAAGGGUUCUGUUGUGUCUUCCUAGACGAUGGAUGAUUUACAAUACUGUACUUGAAACAAAAAGGUCAGAAUGUUGAUGAAACUUCCAAAUAAUUGAUGAAGGAUUAGUGGCUAGACCCUCCAUUUUACUAUUCAGAAAUGUAGAAGGCAGUGAGAGACAGGACAAAUAUUUAUUUUGAUGUUAAACUGAAAUCUAGGAUGUAUUCACUAGGAACAAAACGGAAGGGACGAACCUGAACUUACCCAGUAAGAAAUGCUGGUUUUCGUUGCAAAAUGUUUUGCUACAGUUUGAUGGUGUGGCAUUCAAUACGGGGGAAAUGGUGUGUAACAUUCAAUUAAAUGGAAACGGUGCUGUUUUUUUCAACGACCAGUUGAAAAAACGGGGAGCGAUUGGGUUGGGGAACUCAGUCAGCAUGGCCUCUGCCCUUUUAAAUACGUCACUCAUUGCUUCAUGGGGUGGCAGGGUAGCCUAGUGGUUAGAGCGUUGGACUAGUAACCGAAAGGUUGCAAGAUCGAAUCCCUGAGCUGACAAGGUAAAAAUCUGUCAUUCUGCCCCUAAACAAGGCAGUUAACCCACUGUUCCUAGGCAGUCAUUGAAAAAAGGAAUUUGUUCUUAACUGACUUGCCUAGUUAAAUUAAAUAAAAAAGUCACACCCUACCAAUCAGAGCAAACGUACAUCAAAGUUGGCUCAAGAAAGUAGAAGAUUUUCGGAUCCGUGUCGUUCAGGACAAACCGUCACACACCGUAGCAAACGUUUAAUCGAACUGAAAGUACCCCUGAUAUUUUAAAUUGGUUUUGGGCUGCACCUGUCUUUACCUUUUUUGCUUAUUCAUGUGAACUAGUGUGUUACUGUGAUGAUGCCAUACUGACUUGAUAAUAAUACCAGACAACUGGGUUAGAAUUACACAUUUAUUGUAAAUAGUUCACCAUCAUAUAUCAAUAUUCACAUACUGAUGCACUUCCAUUUCAGUAUCUAUCCAUAGUUUUAUUUUGUGAGCUAUGUUUUCAUUAAAAGCAGAUAAGAAUU